AUGGAAGAAAUAUUUAAAUUAACAAUGGAUGAACCAAUUGAAAACUCAACUCAUAUUUCAUCAACAUCUCAAAUACUACAAGAUUGUUUACUGAUUAUAGAAUCACCAUCUUAUGAUUCUUAUAAACCUUCUAAUUCAAAUAAUUCAUUAACAACAACAACAACUACAACAACAAGAAGAAUAAAAAAUAAUUAUAGUGAUCAUCCUGAUAUAUUAUAUUUUCAAAAAAUCAAACAAAAAAAUCAUUUUAAAUUUCAUAAAUCAAAAUUUCAAACUAAAUGGAAUAUUGAUAAAGUUAAUAGUUCCAAAAUGAAUUCUAAUUUUGAUCCUUAUGAUUUAAAUUCACUUUUAUUAAGAUUGAAAUCAUUUAAUUCUUUAAAUUGGAAAUCAAUAAAUAAUUCUUCAAUAAAUGAAUUAAAAUGUGCUAUUAAUGGAUGGAAAUGUGUAUCAUUUGGAAUAAAUCAAAUUGAAACUGAAACAGAAACUAAAAAUCAUUUAUUAUGUACUUAUUGUAACCAACAAUUGAUUUUAAAAUUUGAAGAUAAUGAAGAUAAUAAAGUUCAUACUAAUAUGAUUGAAUCACCUUUUGAUUUUAAUGUUUUAAAUGGGAAAGAAAUAUUUAAUGAUGAAUCAUUUCAAAAAAAAUUAAUUGAAUUAUAUAUAAAACAAAUUGAAAAUAUUGGUCAUGAUAUUAAUUGUUUAUGGAAAAAUUUUGAAACUCCAAUUGAUCAAAUUUAUUAUUUAAAACAUUAUUUACCUAAUACUAAUCAAUUUUUAAUUGAACAAUAUUGUAAAAAUUUAAAAAAUUUAAUUGAUAAUAUAUUAAUUUUACAAGAAUAUUCAGAUUGUUUAAAAACUGAUUUGCAAAUUAUUAAUAAUAAUAAUAAUAAUAAUAAUAAUAAUAAUGAUUUUGAUGAAUUUAUUCAUAUUUCUAAUGAAUGGUUAAUGGCAAAAUUUUUCCCUGAUAAUAAAGAAAAUUUCAUUAUUGGAUUGACUUAUAAUAAUAUAUUACCUUGUUGGAUAUAUCAAUUAGCAUUAUAUGGUUGGAGUUUAAAUGUUCAAAAUUAUGCUAAAGAUGUUAUAUUAGUAAUGAGUUGUAAUAUGUGUAAUCAAAGAAUAUUUUUAAAUUCUCAUAAUCAUAAUCAUAAUCAUGAUCAUGAUCAUUAUGAAGAAUGUAUGAUAUCAACACAAUUGAAAUUAUCCCUGUCAAAAAUUUUAACUCCAGUGAAAUAUCCCAUGUCAAAUAUUGGAAAUGAUAAUACUGAAUUUGAUACAAUAAUAGAAUCAUCAAAAUUUGAUCCUCAAAUUCAACAUAAACCUUGGUGUGCUUAUUUACAUAAUAAUUUACCAAUAUAUUUUUAUCAAAUGUUAAUAAAAUCAAAAAAUAAUAUAGGUCCUAUUGGAGAUUAUAUUUAUAAUGGGAAUUUAAUGGAUAUGGAUAUGAAUAUGGAUAUAAAUAUAAAUAAUACAUCAAUUGAUUCAAAUCAACUAUUAACUAAAAAAAGAAAAAAUAGUUUUAAUGUUAAUGAAAAUUUAGAAAGAUUAAAUAAACUACGGAAAUUAUAUUUAAUAGAUGAAUAG